AGUAAUAAAGAGAUUUUUCUUAGUGCAAAAAUUAAACACGUCUCUCAGUUUUAUUAAUCACUUAACUUCACUUUUUCCUCCACUUAAUGGGUUUUAGGUAAGCUUUUGAAGACCACUUAGCUCAGCUCUUCAUUUGGUAGUCGUUUAUCAAGUCUUAUUACUGAAUAAUUAAUCACAUAUUAUAAAAGGGUCAUUGCCUAUAAUUACUUUAUCCUAAGCCAUUGUUUCUCUAAUCUAUACCAAUCUCUGAGUUUGUGUUAUCUUCUUCCAAAUACUCAAGGUUUAGUUUUCCUUUCACCUUUUUUUUUUUUUCUUUUUUCUCAAAAGCUUCAUCGUGAUCGUAUAUUAACUGGUCAAAUUAAUCUGAUGGCCUUUUCCACGGAGCCUGAACAAAUCAAUGUUGAAAUAGAGUUGCUUGGACGACGAUGCUUCCAAGAUUAUCAUGUACGGUUAUAUAAAGCGGCCUUCCAUGGUGACUGGAAAUCUGCUCAUGAAAUUUUUGUAAAAGAUCCUAAGUGCUUCUCGGAAAUAAUUUCUAAAAAUGGAAAUACAGCGUUGCACAUAGCAGCUGCAGCAGGGAAACAUAAAUUUGUUGAAGAACUACUUGCACAUGCCAAUUUAACGGAUACACAAUUGGUGCAGCCAAACAAAGCCGGAAAUACGGCUUUUUGUUUGGCUGCUGCUUCGGGUGUGGUUGAUCUUGUGAAGGAGAUGGAGAAGCAUAAUUCAAACCUGCCAAAUAUUGGCGGGAAUUUAGGAAAGAAACCAAUUCAAAUGGCCGCGAUGCAAGGCCAUGAGAAGGUGGUUGAUCAUCUCAUGACUUACUUUACCAAUUUGUCUCCAGAAGACCGCAUCAAUCUGCUCAUCACUGUCAUCGAAAAAGAUUUAUACGAUGUGGCUUUGAAGAUCCUAAACGAAGAUGACGAAUUAGCCAUUAAGCGGGAUGGAAACGCGGUGUCACCAUUGCUCGCCUUGGCUAGAAAGACUCCAGUGAUGAGCAAAUUAAGUUAUCUCGAGUAUAUUUGCAAUGCACUAAAAAACAAAUGGGGGAAGCAAGAGAAAGAUCACAACGGCAAGCAUGAAUUGGUGCAACAAGUUUGGAAAAGAGUGAUAAGAGAAAGAGAUCAUGAGUCAAUCUCUAGUUUCUUAUGGUUUCCGUCGCCUGGACUGCUCUUUGAAGCAAUAGAGGUGGGCAACAAUGAGUUCAUCGAAACCCUUGUACGCGAGUACCCGGAUCUAAUAUGGGAAGUGGAUAAACAACAAAAAACCAUAUUUCAUGUUGCUGUUGAGUACCGUCAAGAGAAGAUCUUUAGUCAUAUAUUCCAUUUAAAAGAUGUUAACCAUUUGCUAACUGAAUAUGUGCAUCCUAUCACUGGAAAUAAUAUUCUUCACUUGGCUGCCUCCUUACCUCGCCCUGAAAUUCUCAAUAAGGUCUCGGGUGCAGCGCUCCAAAUGCAACGAGAACUCUUGUGGUUUCAGGCUGUCAAAAGUAUAGUACCAUAUCAAUUUGCUCAUACUAAGAACAGAAUCAUUAAGAAAUCGAACGGGAUUGUAACAGAUGUAAUUGAGGAAACGCCAGGAGAAAUGUAUACAAGAGUACAUACAAACCUAAGGAAAGAAGGGGAGGAAUGGAUGAGGGGAACCGCGAACUCUUGUAUGUUGGUUGCUACUCUUGUAUCUGCCAUGGUCUUUCAGGCCGUCUUUCAAUCACCGGGAACACACAACAACAACCUGAAGUGUGCUUUUGUCAUAUCGGAUGCAUUGUCCUUGUUAUCCUCGACUGCCUCAAUCUUAACAUUUCUAGCAAUUCUAUGUUCAACGUAUGCGGAAGAGGACUUUCUAGUAUCACUGCCGCUUAAAUUGAUUGUCGGACUUGCAACGCUUCUCUUCUCAAUACUAACCAUGUUGUUAGCCUUUACUAUGGCGAUCAUCACGCAAUCGCCCAACAGAUCGGGUUGGAUCAUUGUUGCUGCUUUUGCUUGGAUUGUUGGUGGUGUCUAUGUGUGGUUGCAUUUUCCGCUGUUAGUUAUGGUUUGUCGUUCAACCUUUGGAGCAAAGUAUCUUUUCCGUCCUCAGUAUGAACUACUUCGUGAUUAAUGGAUGACUCUUGCUCAAUCCAUAGGACUACAUGAUUUGAUCGAGACAGCUACACUAGUCUAGUACGUAGCGAGUAUCCUUCAUUCUAGGAUAUUUUUUUCCCAAGGUAAGGAAUAUAACAACAUUAAAAUAGUUGUCACUUCACGCGGGAAACACCUAAUGUAUCACUAGGUAAUUAGAUACAAAAAACUUGUGUAUGUACUAUACUACUAUGUACUCCGUAAAAGUAUAAUUGUAAGAUUGUAAAUAAACAGCUAAACUACACUUUGGGCCUAAACAUGGAUAAAUAGACGCUUUGGGCUAGGUUUUUGCUAAAAAGAAUUAUUUUGGGCAUGAUCUUUGAACCAAAAAUCUAGUCUUAACCCAACUAAAUUGGGCUGGGCGCCUCGGCGUAAUACUUGGGAUUUCGAAACAUUUUGUACAUGAAAUUCUGAUGAGGUCAAAGUUAACGCAAAUUGAAGGGCA